GGCAAACAAGGCCCUGACUGGAGGGGCCACUGCUGGGCUGCUACCCCGGCCGCCGCCAUGAUCCCCCCAGCGGAUUCCCUGCUGAAGUAUGACACCCCAGUGUUGGUGAGCCGGAAUACGGAAAAACGGAGCCCCAAGGCUCGGCCACUGAAAGUCAGCCCUCAGCAGCCUGGACCCUCAGGCCCGGUCCCACAACCACCCAAGGCCAAGCUUGGAGCAACCUCCUGUGUCCCAGAUCCUACCAAACAGGCAGAAGAAAUCUUGAAUGCCAUCCUUCCACCAAGGGAGUGGGUGGAAGACACGCAGCUAUGGAUCCAGCAGGUGUCCAGCACCCCCAGCACCAGGAUGGACGUGGUACAUCUCCAGGAACAACUGGACCUGAAGCUGCAGCAGCGACAGGCCAGGGAGACGGGCAUCUGCCCUGUCCGCAGAGAGCUCUACUCACAGUGUUUUGAUGAGCUGAUCCGGGAGGUCACCAUCAACUGUGCGGAGAGGGGGCUGCUGCUGCUCCGAGUCCGGGAUGAGAUCCGCAUGACCAUUGCUGCCUACCAGACCUUGUAUGAGAGCAGCGUGGCAUUUGGCAUGAGGAAGGCCCUGCAGGCUGAACAGGGGAAAUCAGACAUGGAGAGGAAAAUUGCAGAUUUAGAGACUGAGAAGAGAGAUCUGGAGAGGCAAGUGAAUGAGCAGAAAGCUAAAUGCGAGGCCACUGAGAAACGGGAGAGUGAGAGAAGACAGGUGGAAGAGAAGAAACACAAUGAGGAGAUUCAGUUCCUAAAGCGGACAAAUCAGCAGCUGAAGGCCCAACUGGAAGGCAUUAUCGCACCAAAGAAGUGAUAAUUUCCAUAUGGGUCUCAGUGAAAGCUACUACCCCACCACAGCUCUUUGUAAUUAAAAGCUAGUUUCCUUAGUGAACAAGCCCUCCCCUCCUGAGAUCAUCACCUAUGCAUUUGUCAGAAGUCAUGCUAUUGCCCCAGUGUUGUAAAAUCCCUCAGGUCUGGCAGCCAGGCUCCUAGUUGGACAAUGGAAAGUGGAGAACCCUGGUUCUAGUAUUCAGCUCACAGCCACAAUGGGGACUGUCAACUGAAAUAGUAACUUAGGAGGCAACUGCUUUCCCAUCAGCAUUCCUUACCAGCCCCUUCUGG